UGCGUGCAGUUUCUUUGGUGUGCUCUUCAUUUUCAGACAAAUGCUUACCACACAAGGAUCGGGUACGGAAACCACUUGAAACGGAGACAUCCUCAGUAGCUCAAUUUAUUUCGUGGGUAUGGAGUGGAUCGAGAUGCUCCGGUGUAUUGUGUAUGGCCAUCUCAUGUACCAUCUACUUUGUCAUGGAAAUUUUUGCUGAUGUUUUUUCUGUUCAGUCCAUUCCUUUGCUUGAGGCAGCAUUUACAAGGCGUACGCUUAUCUUGGUAUUGUCAUUUGUGUGGUUGAGAAAGUGUGAACAGCCAGUAUCUGGAUUGGCAACUGUAAAAAAUCUUUUGAUUUCCAGAGCCCUUACGGGGUAUAUCUCAUUGAUGUGUUUCAUUUAUUGCAUUCAAAGGUUACCUUUGUCUCAGGCUAUUGUAUUGAGCUUCACAACUCCAAUUAUGGCUUCAGUUGUGGCAAGAAUCAUUCUACAUGAGAAGUAUAAGAUUGCAGAUGUUGGAGAUAAAAAUGGAGGAAAGAAUACAAGUGUCAGGGGAAGCAGCUAUAUCUUUGCAGUCUUGGCCGGUUUACUCUCAUCCAUAACUGGUGGAAUCAGCUACUGCCUUACAAAGGCUGGAUCAAAGGCAUCUGAUCAGCCACUGUUGACCGUAUUUUCAUUUGGUUUACUGGCUAGUCCAGCUUCAGGAGUUUGUUUGUUUGCCGUUGAGGAGUUUGUUUUCCCAAAUUUAUAUUCAUUUUCAGUUAUGCUUGUACUCGGUGUUCUGGCCUUUUUCGCAGAGGUGUGGUUCGGAACUAUUUAUAGACUUCUAUUUCUCCCAAUAUGCUCCAGUAGUUACGGGCUUCUCAACCUAUGUGCUCGAUGUCAGGUGUUCUUAGCACGUGGACUGCAGCUUGAGAAAACUGGCAAAGUUGCAAAUGUUAUAUACAUGGAGGCUGCACUGUCACAAUUAUGGGGCAUUGGAUCGUCGAGGAUAGCUCUAUCUUUGGGUCGAAUUAUCGGUUGUGUGCUUAUUUUGAUUUCUGUUAGUUGCACCAUGUAUAUUGGACCCGAUAAAGAUACGGCAUGAAAGGUACAAAUUCUUCUGAUGUACCUCCUCUUGUAUGCACUGACACCUGAUUAUUUCUCCGCUUCAAUAGUUCAAUGCGUGAUAGCAAAAGAAAAAGUUUUUUUUUUUUUAA